GAGAGAAAGAAGGAGAGAUGGAGGCGCGCCGUGCUGGUGCGCGCCCAUCCAGCUCCAAUAUCAGCUACCUGUUCUUGUCACUCCGCUAGUCAGCCGCCGCUCGCCGCCGAGGUCAGGAUGGCCAGUUUGAAGAAGCCCGAGCUCUUUUUCCCGGGUGCAAAUUGACUCGCACCCAUGUGCGCAAACCGGGACUUAAUUGACUGAAACUGCUUUUUUUUUUUGCGGGGGGGAGGACUGAUGAACUCUAUGAGGGAUCCAUUAAACCCAAACCCCCACUUGCACCAUCAUCAUCAUCAUCAUCAUCAUCAUCCACAGCCGCAGACGCACACGCACACGCACACCGGGACAAAAGUCGCCUCCGCGCCGGCCAUGGCGUCCGGUUUGCAGCCGCUGACGCGCGCGGUGGACUCCGGCAAGCACCGCAUGGAGGUGCACACAGUCUCGGACACUUCUAGUCCAGAAACUGUGGAGAAAGAAAAGACCCAAAGCAAGAACGACGACUCGUCGGACGACCCGUCCAAGAAGAAGCGUCAGCGGCGCCAGAGGACGCACUUCACCAGCCAGCAGCUGCAGGAGCUGGAGGCCACCUUCCAGAGGAACCGCUACCCGGACAUGAGCACCCGGGAGGAGAUAGCCGUGUGGACCAACCUCACCGAGGCUCGGGUUCGAGUGUGGUUCAAGAACCGGCGCGCCAAGUGGAGGAAGCGGGAGAGGAACCAGCAGGCCGAGCUGUGCAAGAACGGCUUCGGGCCGCAGUUCAACGGACUCAUGCAGCCCUACGACGACAUGUACCCGGGCUACACCUACAACAACUGGGCCGCCAAGGGGCUGACGUCGGCCUCGCUGUCCACCAAGAGCUUCCCCUUCUUCAACUCCAUGAACGUCAACCCGCUGUCGUCGCAGGCCAUGUUCUCACCGCCCAACUCCAUCUCCUCCAUGACGUCCGGCAUGGUGCCGACGGGCGUGACUGGCGUGCCGGGCUCCAGCCUCAACGGCCUCAACAACUUGAACAAUCUCAGCAACCAGGCGCUCAACUCCGGGGUGCCCACGCCGACCUGCCCCUACGCGCCGCCCACGCCGCCCUACGUGUACCGGGACACUUGCAACUCCAGCCUGGCCAGCCUGAGACUGAAGGCCAAGCAGCACUCGAGCUUUGGAUACGCCAGCGUGCAGAACCCGGCCACGAACCUGAGCGCGUGUCAGUACGCCGUGGACAGGCCGGUGUGAGGGCGUCCACGCCCGCGGCCCCGAGUGAGACACCCGCCCGGGGCCCCCGGCGCGCAGCAGGGCCGGCGGAUCAGUUCGGCGUCAUUUGGGUGUCAUUUUUUUUUUUUUUUUUUUUGGAAGGGGAUGAACAUUAUUGUGACUCUUCCCUCCCACGCAGCGCACAACCGAAUCCAUUCAUUCUAUUCUGAGUGAUCCCACGGCUUCUUGUGGGGGGGCGGGGGUUUAUUUUGAAGUCGGCCACAGGAACAAGAGACUACUAUAUUAUUAUUUACUUUUUUCUUUCUUUUUCAAAAAGGGCACUAAAAACUGAACCACUGAAAAUAAUAUUUUAAGUUUUAUUCCAGGAUUUUUAUUUUUUAUUUUUUUUUGUCACCAUGAGGAUUUUAGUAUGGAAGCCCGUUUCCAACGCGAAAUAAAAAAAUACCCAAAUGGUAAUAAUUUUGUCAUUAAAAAAAAUCGAAAUUAUGGAAUAAAAAGUCAUAAUUAUGAGGUAAAGUCAAAAUGAUGAGAUUAAAAGGUCGAAAUUCUGAGGUUAAAAAUCAUGAUUAAGAGAUCCAAGUUACAAUUAUGAGAAAAAAGUGAAAAUUAUGAGAUAAAUGUGGCGAUUAUGAGAUGAAGUCAAAUUUAGAUAGAUUAGAUUAGAUUAGAUAGUACUUUAUUUAUUCCGUCAGGAGAGUUCCUUCAGGAAAAUUACAAUUUUCAGCACAAUCCCAUUCAAGAUCAGACAAACAUUACAGGGAGACAGAACAGGAUCGCUGACGGGUCUGCCGGCUUCCAGCGCCCCUUACAAAAAAGAUGACAUACAGGUAAACAGCGGGGGGGAUGGGAGAAAAGAAUAGAAGAUUAAACUAAAAUAAAUAAAAAUAAUGAUAAAAAUAAUAAAAAAAAUCGGUCUUAGCCUGGGCCGACUUAUGAGAGAACAAAUAAUUAUGAGAUGAAAAUGUCAAAAAUGAUGACACAAAAAGUCAUAAAUAUGAUUAAAAAGUCAAAAGAAUGAUAUAAAGAUUACAAUUAUGAUAUUAAGUCAAAAUUAUGAGAUAACGAGUAAUUAUGAGGUUAAAAGUCAUUAUUAUGAUACAAAAGUCAAAAUUAUGCGGUAAAAGACCAACAUAAUGAGAUAAAUGUAACAAUUAUCAGAUAAAGUCACAAUUCUGAAAUAAGUAAUUGAGAUAAUGUCAAAAAAUAUGAGAUAAAAAGUCAUAAUUAUGAUAUAGCAGUCAACAUUUUGACAUAAAAGGUCAAAAUAAUGAGAUAAAAGUAACAAUUAUGAGAUCAAAUCCAAAUGAAGAGAUAAAAAUGUAAAAAAAAUAUGACAUAGUCACAAUUAUGAUAUAGAAGUCAAAAUUAUGGCAUAAAAGGUAAAACAUAAUUAGAUCAAAGUAACAAUUAUGAGAUUAAGUCAAAAUUAAGAGAUAAGCAAUUAUGAGAUAAAAAUGUCCAAAAAGUAUGACAUAAAAAGUCACAAUUAUGAUAUAAAAGUCAAAAUUAUGACAUAAAAGGUAAAAAUAAUGAGAUAAAAGUAACAAUUGGGAGAAAAAAACGAGAUAAAAAGUCAUAAUUAUGAUAUAAAAAUCAAAAUGAUGAGAUAAAAGGUCAAAAUAAUGACAGAAGUAAAAAAAAUAUUACAUAAAAAGUAAAUAUGUCAAAAAUGAUGACAUAAAAAGUCAGAAUUAUAAUGUAAAAAGUAAUUACCAUGAGAUUAAAAAAAUCGAAAUUAUUAGAUAAAACGUCAAAAUGAUGAUAUAAAAGGUCCAAAACAAUGAGAUAAAGUCACAAUUAUAAGAUAAAAAGUAAUUAUGAGAUAAAAAGUUGAAAUGAUGAGAUGAAGUAAAAAUUAUGAGAUAAAAAUCGAAAUUAUGGAAUACAAAUAUCGCAAUAAUGAUAUAAGAGUCAAAAAUAUGUGGUACUAAGUCAUAAUGAUGACCAAAAAGUCAUAAUUAUAAGCAAUAUGAGAUAGAAAAUCCAAAUUAUGUGGGGGGGGGGGGGUCAUCUUCGCACAUUGAGGAGUGAAAAAGCUGGAAGUUUGUAUCGCAUCAUUUGGGCUUUUUAUAUCACAAAUAGGACUUUUUAAACUUACAAUCAUACACUUUUCCUAUUUUUGGACUAUCUCAAAACUUUGACUUUUCAAUCUCCGAAUUCUGAUUUACCAUUGUAGCAUUUUUUAAAUAUUUUUUGUAGUUUUUUGUCUGAAACGGGCUUCCAUAUUUGAGGCUUCUUCAACUCUUGUAAAUAUCCCAAGUAUAUAUCAUCUGCUGCCUCCCAAUGUUCGCCCCGGUUCGACUUAUUCACGCAUGUGAGAAAAGGGGCUCAUCAACCAGCCAGAAGAAAAAUAACAACAAUAAUAAGGAAUCAUGUUUUGCUUGCAAUCCAAAAAAAAAAAAAAAAAAAAAAAAAAGGGAAUGUAAAUACUAAAACGCACCGCAGUCGUGUGUUUCUAACAUAAUAUAAAAUGACUAUUAUUAUUAAUGUCUGUGUGAAUAUCGAUUUAGAAUAGCACUCCUAGAUUUAAAAAAAAAUGCAUUAAAAUGUUCCUGCAAAUGAUUUGCUCUGUGUAUACUAUUUGGUACGGAAUUAUGUUUUUUUUUUUUGUUUGUUUUUUUGUUCCAACAUCCAAAAAAAAUGUGUUUUAUUUAAUGGAAGUAAAUAUAUUGUUCAAAGCCA